GUUCACACACACACACACACACACACACACACGCGCGCGCGCGCUGCCUCUCUCAGCAUUCUCACCUUCUCCUUCUUCUUCUUGGCCCACCUGGAGGCAGUGGGCGUCCACGGGAGACAAGAGCAUGAGGUGGUCCAUGUGUUAGAAGCCCCACGCGUGUCCUCUCCCCCUCCCCCCUUCCCAGGAGAAGCGUCCACUAGCAUGUUCGUCAGCUUCGACGCGCUGUCGGCGUUGGCCACGCUGGCCGCGUGCGUGCUGUGCGUGGCGCUGCUGCUCGCCGUGUGUCAGCAGCUGUGGCAGCUCCGAUGGACGUCCACGCGGGACAAGAAGUGCAAGCUGCCCAUGCCCAAAGGCUCCAUGGGCUUCCCCUUCAUCGGAGAGACGUGCCACUGGCUGGUGCAGGGUUCAGGCUUCCACGCCUCCAGGAGGCAGAAGUACGGAAACGUGUUCAAGACCCACCUGCUGGGCCGGCCGCUGAUCCGGGUGACGGGCGCAGAGAACGUGCGCAAGGUUCUGAUGGGCGAGCACACGCUGGUGACGGUGGACUGGCCGCAGAGCACCGCCGCCCUGCUGGGACCUAACUCGCUCGCCAACAGCAUCGGCGACAUCCACCGCAAGAGGAGGAAGGUGUUCGCCAAAGUCUUCAGCCACGAGGCCUUGGAGUCGUACCUGCCCAAAAUCCAGCAGGUGAUCCAGGAGAGUCUGCGAGUGUGGAGCUCCAACCCCGAGCCCAUAAACGUGUACAGGGAGAGCCAGAGGUUGUCCUUCACUAUGGCGGUGAGGGUGCUGCUGGGCUUCAGGGUGUCCGAGGAGGAGAUGAAGCACCUUUUCUCCACCUUCCAGGACUUUGUCAACAACCUCUUCAGCCUGCCCAUAGACGUGCCCUUCAGCGGGUACAGGAAGGGUCUGCGAGCGCGCGACACACUGCAGAAGAGCAUCGAGAAAGCCAUCAGGGAGAAGCCGCUUUGCACGCAUGGCAAAGACUACAGCGACGCCCUGGACGUCCUCAUGGAGAGCGCCAAGGAGAACGGCGCCGAGCUGACAAUGCAAGAACUCAAGGAGUCCACCAUUGAGCUGAUCUUCGCCGCAUUCGCCACCACGGCCAGCGCCAGCACCUCUCUCAUCAUGCAGCUGCUGCGCCACCCGCCCGUGCUGGAGCGACUUCGGGAGGAGCUGAGGGCGCGGGGCUUCCUUCACAAUGGCUGUCUGUGCCCCGAGGGGGAGCUUCGUCUGGAUACCAUCGUCAGCCUAAAGUACCUGGACUGUGUCAUCAAAGAGGUGCUCAGGCUCUUCACGCCCGUGUCGGGAGCCUACCGCACUGCCAUGCAGACGUUUGAGCUGGACGGGGUGCAGAUUCCAAAGGGCUGGAGCGUGAUGUACAGCAUUCGCGAUACCCACGACACUUCGUCCGUCUUUAAGGACGUGGACGCCUUCGAUCCCGACCGCUUCAGCCAGGAGCGCGGCGAAGACAAGGAGGGGCGCUUCCACUACCUGCCGUUCGGCGGCGGCGUGCGCUCCUGCCUGGGGAAGCAGCUGGCCACCCUCUUCCUGCGCAUUCUGGCCAUCGAGCUGGCGAGCACCAGCCGCUUUGAGCUGGCCACGCGGCACUUCCCCCGCGUGGUCACCGUACCCGUGGUGCACCCGGUAGACGGGCUGAAGGUUAAGUUCUACGGCCUGGACUCCAACCAGAAUGAGAUCAUGGCCAAGUCGGAGGAGCUGCUAGGCGCCACCGUGUGAAAGAUGACAGCGAGCUCGCCCCUGAGGGAGAAGAGCGAGGAGGAACGCGAGGACGAGACAUUUUCUUCUCUUCUCUCUUUGACACAAAAAAGGCGGAAGGAGUCUUAAUUCGCUUCCUCUUCCAGCUGGUUGACUUUCCUCGAAGAAAGGAAGAAGCUGCCAAAAAAGUUCUGCUCUAAUCUGUCUUCUUCUCCAACUAAACACUAUGAGGAUCAUUGGAGCUUCUGGAAAAGCUGAGAUGGAUCAAACAGGGUACAGGAGGACAAAAACUUCUAAUUGGGUUCCAAUUAAGUGUUUGACGUCCCAAAUAGUCAAAUGUCUUGUUGUUCAAUGACUGUAGUGGAUUUCUUGUUCCUGAUUGGCUGAACACAACCAUGAAGCUCACGGCUAACAGCUAGCAUCACAAACACUAACACACAAACAACAAAGCAGAUUCCUUUGAAUGUGGGCGGAGCUUAAACAAACUUCAACCAAACCAAAGCCUCAGAGGGACGGACCAAUGAGGUUUGAGGGUCUCCACACCACUGAGUUGUUCAUGUCGCUGCUUUCUUUCUUGUUUCUAUAUACGAAAUAAUGUACACCACCUUUAAAAUCAAAUAGUCAUCAGCCCAGUCAGCGUGUACAUAUAUAUAUAUAAAUAUAAAUUUAAGAAAUAAAUUUAAGACCUGCAUCUUGUAAAAAGCAAAAGAAGCAUUAUUUGUAUUAGCAAGGAAAAUUAUCUACUACUAACCUAAUAUUAAUAUUAUUAUUCUUGUUUUUAGCUUGAAAGAAAAUACUGCAAUGAUGUUGAAUGUUCAUUGUUAAAAGUGCUGGCUGAUGAAAAACACAAAAAGAAAACAAAGCACUUGGAGAUUGGAAUAUUUUAGAAGUACAUUCCUUCAAUUGUACAUAUUUGUAUUUUUUUGUAACCUUCUUCAAUGUACUCCUGUAAUAAAACAUGAAAACAAAAACAUCUCAACUUUCCACUCCAACGUCAAGCUCAAAUCUCAUUGAUCAAAGUUGGCUGUGUAACACCAAACUAACACACACACGCAUGCACACACACACUCACACUUGCGUACACACAGACAUUGCACUUGGCUUGUGCAAAAGUCUUAAUUGAAUUAAAAAAGAUGUUAUCUUAAACACUAAAAAAAGAAAACAUAAAAUCAACACAAAUUCCCUUUAUUUUUAUUUUAAGUACUUGGUAAAAAUAAAGGAUUGUGGGCAAAGAAUAAAUAAAUAAUAAAUACAUAGACAAAUGAGUAAGUAAACAAUUAUUAAAUGCAUACAUUACAAUAAUACGUUCUCAUGAAUAAGUAGUUAAGUAUUUAUUGGUUUACAUUAUGAGAUGAAUAAGAUUAUUUUACAAAUAUUUAUUUAAUAUUUAUAUAUUCUUCCAUCUGCUCCUUUCUGAUCAUGGAAAUGUGUAAGAAACAAAAAAACAAUGAAAGUGUCAACUGUAUAUGGCUUGUAUAUAUGCAUUUUCAUGAAAGGAAUAAAAAUAAAUGAUGAUGAUGAAUGAUAUAAUAAAAUUAAGUAGGAAUUAGAGAAGGGAUUUAUGGCUCUUUGAAGGGACUGUUCUUUUUAAGGAGCCGUUCAAAAGACUGGUUCGUUAUUUGUUUUUGUAAAACGUUUUUUUUUUAUUAAUAAGAAAAAAAAUCGUUAUCUUGAUGCUAACAAAUAUCACCAAAGACAUUAAAAUGUGGUCAUCU